ACCACGUUUAUUUACUGAUUACUGUCAAAAUAUGGCCCUGGAACAGCUGAAAAGUGAUGUUGCGGAAUUUGCCGCUUUAUUGGCGGAGGCGAAAAGCGCCCGCGUAAAAGGCGUGCUCACUGCCGGAAAAGCUGAGGCGGAACGCGAGAUUGUCAACCUGGAAAUUAAGGCCCGAUUGGCGGCAGAACGUGCAUCGGCGGGCACCGGUGAUGCCAAGAGAUAUCUGGUAGAGUUGACGGAUUACGGUUGGGAUCAGAGCCCCAAGUUCGUAAAGCUCUUCAUCACAUUGAACGGCGUCCAGGGCUGCCAGGAGGAGAAUGUUACUGUCAACUAUACGGAGAACUCAUUGCAGUUGCACGUACGCGAUCUCAGCGGCAAGGAUUAUGGCUUGAGUGUCAACAACUUGCUGCAUGCCAUCGAUGUGGAGAAGAGCUACCGCAAAAUCAAAACCGAUAUGGUGGCCAUAUACCUGAAGAAGGCUAACGAGGGCGAGAACUGGGACGUGCUGACCUCCAUCCAAAAGAGGCUGAAACAGAAGCAGGACUCCGACAUGGCCAAGGACACUGAAAAUCCCGAAUCGGCGCUGGUCAACAUCAUGAAGAAGAUGUACAACGAUGGGGACUCGAAGACGAAGCAAAUGAUUGCCAAGGCUUGGACCGAGAGCCAGGAGAAGGCCAAGUUUGGCAAGGAACUGGGCGGUAUGGACUCUCUGGGAGAUGUCUAAAACAAUUAGAUUAUAGAGGCUUCGAUUCCAAGCAUAUUAUAUGUAUGAUAUGAAAAUAAAACCAUUAAGUAAAUACGUAA